ACAAGGAAGAUUGGAAUAUAUUCUAUAUAAUACUAUAUAGAUGGGAAUAAUAUCGAUAUGGGUGUAUAUCAGUUUCAGUAAAAUAUUACUCUAGGUUUAUUUCAACUGGCUGAAUAUAUUGGGACUAUCUGAAGAGUAGCCUAUAUUUAAUCAGUCUGCUAAAAUUACAAAUACGUUGACCAAUUUCACUUUUGAAAUAUAGCAUUAACUAAUGAUCAACCAGGGCCAGUAUUGUCAAAACUGAUACUUUAUUUUAUUUUAGAAAAGGUAUAUAAGAUACUGGAAUACUAAUGUUCAUUUGGCAGUUAAUAUGAACAGGUUACUAUAUUCAGCCGUAUUUAUAUUUCAGCUUUGAGUCCAGUAAAACCUUCAUUUUGAUUUAUUUCAACUCGCUGAAUAAAUUAUAUGACUGUCUGAAUAGAAUAUCAGUCUGCUAAAAUUAGAAUUUAAUGACCAAUUUCACUUGAAAAAUACGCCUUAGACCGCUCGGCCAUCCUGACUUGGUGGUAACACAUGAGACUGACUUAGCAUUACAUGUGAUAGCGUGGAGUCUCUCUAACGCGCAUGCUCAGUCCCGCUCAGAAGACAACCAAUCCCGUGAGCGCAACAGCACAGUUUUAUUUACAUAAAGUGGACAUAAACACCGCUCUGUGGACUGAGAGGACAUUCGACUCCUGAGAGACUCGAUAAUCAAUCAUGCCUGAGACCACCGUGAAAGCGCCCAAGAAGGGCUCCAAGAAAGCCGUUUCUAAGGCCGUCACCAAGGGCGGCAAGAAGAGGAGGACCAAGAGGAAGGAGAGCUACGCCAUCUACGUGUACAAGGUGCUGAAGCAGGUCCACCCCGACACCGGCAUCUCCUCCAAGGCCAUGGGCAUCAUGAACUCGUUUGUCAGCGACAUCUUUGAGCGCAUCGCCGGUGAGGCCUCCCGUCUGGCUCACUACAACAAACGCUCCACCAUCACGUCCAGGGAGAUCCAGACCGCCGUCCGCCUGCUGCUGCCCGGGGAGCUGGCCAAGCACGCCGUGUCUGAGGGCACCAAGGCCGUCACCAAGUACACCAGCUCCAAGUAGACUGCUGCUCCACCAGCUACAACACAAAGGCUCUUUUAAG